AUGCUCUUAGUAAAAUUAUAAAUUAUAUCUAUAGAAUGCGGUUAAUAUUGUAAAACAUGUGAUACAACUAAUUCAUAGUGUGCCAGCUGCAUAGAUGGUCAGUCUCCAUUAGAUAGUAAUGAUCUAAAAUGUACUUUAAGUAGAUAUUAUAAUAAUUUAAAGCAUGCUAGACAGGUCAUAAAACUUGCUAAUUAAUUGAUUCUGUUUACUCAUUUAAUGGAUGUAUUAAUGGUUAUGAAUUAUUAAAUGGAGAAUGUGUUUGUAUGAUUAAUAUUUUUAAAUUUAGAAUGUCCAAAUAAUUGUAAAGUAUGUUCUUCAGGAGUGUGUUCGUAAUGUAUGUGGCCUUAUACUUUAAAAAAUGCUUUAUGUUUUGAAGAUAGGAAUUGUAUGAAAUAUGAUUACAUAUAUGAUUCUGAAGGAAUGCCAAUUGAUACUAAUUGUUUAUAAUGUGAUGUAGGAUAUUUUAAAAAAGGAACUCGAUGUGCUUGUUAAAAUAUAAUUUAUAAUUUUAGCUUGUUAAGAUGAACCAGGAUUAGAAAAAUGUUUUAUUUGUCAUAAUGAAAAUGAAUGUAAUGGUUGUUUUGCAACACACUAUUUAACAGAUGAUAAAAAGUGUGCUCCUUAUACUGUUGGAUGCAAUCUUCCAUGUCAAACUUGUUUAGUAACAGAUCCAAAUUAUUGUACAACCUGUUUUUAUUCAAAUAAAUUAACUGCAAGAAUAAUUCCUGGAAAAUGUGUUUGUGAUUAAAUUGAAGGAUAUGCAGAAUUAAAUGGAAAAUGUAUUUUAUGCAAUAGUGGAGAUUGUUAAACAUGUACAUUAAAAUUUGGAGAAUGUACAUCAUGUGAUCCAUUAAGAAAUAGAAUAUUAAUUGGAACUACUUGUCCUUGUCUUUAAGGAUAUUAUGAAACAGGAUUAGAAGAUAAAAUUUGUUAAAGUAAAGAUAUAUAAAGUAUUUUAGAAUGUUAUCCUUCAUGUUAUAAUUGUUCAGGACCUUUUGAUAAUGAUUGUACUGAUUGUGGAGAUCCAAAUGUUUAUCAUAAAUAGUUAGUAAAUGGUUAAUGUAUAUGUGCCAUAAGAACAAUUGAAAUUAACUUAAAUGAUGGAUCCACAUUAUGUCAACGUAAUAAUUAAGUACAAUAUCUAGCUUGUCAUCCAAGAUGUGAAAAAUGCCAAAUUCCAGAUGAUAAUUCAUCAAAUUAAUAUUGUACAAUGUGUAUAGUAGGGUAAAAUAGAGUUGUUUCUGAUGAUCUAAAAUGUAUAUGUAGAGAUGGAUAUGGAGAAGAUGGAAUUGUCGAUAUUUGUUUUAGUAAAUCUCAAAUAUUAAUAUUUAAGAAUGUCAUUAUUCUUGUCUUAGAUGCAAUGGACCAUUAUCAACUAAUUGUAUUGAUUGUUCUAGUGAAAAUAAUCGAUAUUUGACUUCAAAUAAUGAAUGUUUAUGUGAUAUACCUUAUUAUGAUACUGGAAAAAACGAUGUAUUUUGUUAUUGUAAUAAUGAAAUUAAUAUUUAGUGGCUUGUCAUCAUUCAUGUAAUAAUUGUAUUAGUGCUGGAGAAGAUUCUUGUACAAGUUGUCCUUCAACAAGAUAACCAGAUAGAAUUGGAGCAACAUUUAAAUGCUAAUGCAAGGAUUCACAUUAUUAUAGCGAUGAAUCUUCAUUAGAAUGUUUGGAAUGUCAUUUUACUUGUAAAACAUGUAAUGGAGUUAAAGAAACAAAUUGUUUAACUUGUGAUUUAAACUAUAGAUAAUUAAUAAUAUCUAAAUGUGAUUGUCCUUAUGGAUAUUAUGAUGUAGGUUCAUUAGAAUGUUUAUGUAAAAAAUAUUGAUAAUUUUAAGAAUGCUAUUACACAUGUAACACUUGUUUUGGUCCUCAAUUCGAUAAUUGUAUAACUUGUUCAAUUGAAAGUAAUAGAAUUGUUAGAGCAAAUUAAUGUCUUUGUAAGGAUGGUCAUUUAGAAAAACAAUUUGGUGAUUAAAUAUGCUUAAGUAAUCAUUUAAAUAAAUGAAUCAUAUAGAAUGUUCAUAUCGAUGUGCUUCAUGCAGUGGGAAUAUCGAUAAUUGUGAUAAAUGUCCAGAUUUCUCAUUUCGAGAUCUAGGACUUGAUAAUUCAUGUUUAUGUCCUCCUAAAUACUAUGAUUAACCUGAAAAUCCAAUAUGCAUAGGUAAUAUUUAAAUUAAUUUUAGUUUGUCAUUAUACUUGCUUGAAAUGCAAUGGGAAUUAAUCAAAUUAAUGUACCUCUUGUAAUCCAUUAACUGGAAGAUAAUUAAAUACAUAAGGUGAGUGUUUAUGUGAUUAAAAAUAUUAUGAUACAGGACUAUCAGAAUGUUAAGGUAUAAAUUAUUAAACUAUUAAUUUUUUAAGCUUGUAGCAGUCUUUGUUUAGAAUGUAUAACUUCUCCAGAUAAUUGUACCUCAUGUCAACCAGACAAAUAUUUAAAUGGAAACACUUGUCUAUGUAAAACUAAGCUUUAAGGUUCGUCAGUAUCUACUUAUUCAAGUAAAUUAUAAUGUUUAAGUAAUCAUAUCAAACUCAAAUUAGUCUGUCAUUAUUCUUGUUUGACUUGUAAGGGACGUUUCUCUUUAGAUUGUGAUUCUUGUUGGGACUUAGAUAAUAGAAUUCAAUUAGGUACAACUUGCAUCUGUAAAAACAAUUACUUUGAUAUAGGGAUAGCUAAAUGCUCUUGUACUAAAUAGAUUUAUUUUAGAAUGUAAUUUUAGAUGCCAAACCUGUGCUGUAUUAGAUACUUUAUGCUUAUCUUGUCCUCCUUUAAGCUUAAGAGUAUUAAUAAAUUCCUAAUGUUAAUGCUAAUAAGGCUAUUUCGAUGAUGGAAUAAAUAUUAUUUGUUAAAGUAACUACAAAAUUUAUUUAAUAGAAUGCCAUUAUUCAUGUUUUACUUGUUCUUAAGUAGCUUCAAGAUGUGUUACAUGUUCAACAAUAUCAAAAAGAUCAUUUAAUAGUAUUUUAAAUUCAUGUUUAUGCAAUGAUAAUUAUUAUGAUAUAGGAGUAGAGAUAUGCUCAUAAUGUCAUUAUUCCUGUUUGAAUUGCUAAAAUUAAGAUGCAAAUUAAUGUAAAUCAUGCACAGAUUAGAAUAUUUCUUUUAGGAUUUAUAAUGGAGGAAUAUGUUAAUGUAUUACAGGUUAUUAUGAUGAUGGAACAUCAGCUAAUUGUAAGAAAUGUUCUAUUAAAUGUGCUACUUGUUAAAAUUAAUCAAUUAUUUGUACUUAAUGUCCAAUUACACGACACUUGAAUGGAAAUUAAUGUGAUUGUGAUUCAAGUUAUUAUGAUAUUGGAGAAUAAAAAUGUUUUUAAUGUGAUUAGAAUUGUGUUAAUUGUAUUACUAAUUCAACAACUUGUACUGAAUGUGAUAAAUCUUAAUUGAGAAUUUUAAAUAAUUUAACUCAUAAAUGUUAAUGUUAAAUAGGCACAACUGAAAUUAAUGGAAUUUGUUAAUAUUGUGAUAUUACUUGUUAAACAUGUUUAAAUUCUGUGACUAAUUGCAUAUCUUGUGGUUUAUUCAAAUAAUUAUAAAACAAUACAUGCAUAUGUAUUGAAGGAACAUAUGAAACAGGGAUUGAUAAAUAAUGUUUAUUAUGCAAUCAAAAAUGCAAAACAUGUAUCAAUCAAGAUAAUUAUUGUUUAACUUGUUCAGAUGACGAUUUUAGAAUAUUUUAAACUGGUAAUUAAUGUGUUUGUAAGGAUGGAUAUUUUGAAAAUUCAUCUAAUUAAUGUAUUUAAUGUGAUUAGAGUUGUCUUACUUGCUAAGGUAGUUCUACAUAUUGUUUAUCAUGUAAUCCAGCAUAUAAUUUAUAAUUAAGUAAUUAAAAUAAAUGUAUAUGUACAUCUGGUUAUUAUUUUAAUAUUUCAACUAAGAAAUGUGAAAGUAUAUCAUUUUAUUUUAUUAAUCUUAGUCUGCAAUAUAACAUGUAAAGAAUGUUAAAGUUUAUCAUAAUGUAUUGAAUGUGAUCCCAUAACUAGAUAUCAUGAUCCAGAUAUUUUUUAAUGCCUAUGCAAAGAUGGGUUUUAUGAAGCCAAUCAAAAAAUGUGUUAAUGUAAUUUAAGUAUAUUGAAUUUUAGAAUGUGAUGUGACUUGUAAAACAUGUAUAAAUUAAUCAAUAAAAUGUUUAACAUGUGAAUCAACUUAUUUUAGAGUUUUUAAUAAUUCAAACAAAUGUCUCUGUUUUGAUGGUUACUUUGAUAUUGGUAUUGAAAUAUGUCAGAAAUGCAGUAAUUUAUGCAAAACAUGUUAGUCAAGUUCAUCAUAAUGUUUGUCUUGUUAUGAGACUGAAUAGAUUAGAAUAUUAAAUGGUAAUACAUGUAUAUGUAAAUCUGGAUAUUUUGAUAAUGGAUAACUAAUAUGUGAAAGUAUUAUUAUCUAUUAAUAUUUUUAGAUUGUUCAAAAUCUUGUUUAACCUGUUAAGGAAAGAGUGAUUAUUGUACAAGUUGUGAUAUCAAUAUGAAUAGAAUUGAUCAAUCUGCAAUUCAUAAAUGUCCUUGUUAAACCAAUUUUUUUUAAAAUGAAAAUGAAGUGUGUCAAAGUAUUUAUUAUUAUAUUUCUAGAGUGCCAUAUAAAAUGUUCUGAUUGUAUUUAAAGAGCAGAUAAAUGCAUAAGUUGUAAACUAUCAAAUACAUCUAAUCGAUUAACUAUUACAUAAAAUUGUGAUUGUAAAGAUGGUUAUUAUGAUGAUGGAGUAUAAUUUUAAUGUUAGAAAUGUGAUUAUAAAUGUAAGACUUGCAUCUAAUCAUCAUCAAAUUGUCUUAUUUGUUUUAGUAAUUUGAGAGUUGGAAUUCCUGCUUGUAAUUGCAAAGCUGGAUAUUUUUAAAAUGAAUAAUAAACUUGUGAAUGUAAUUGUAAUAUAAAUUUAUUUAGCAUGUGACAAUUAAUGUAGUACAUGUGAAUAAGUACCAUCAAAUUGUACAAGCUGCAAAGGCAAUAGAAUAAAUAAAUAAUGUGAUUGUUAAGAAGGCUAUUUUGAAGCAGGAUAACCAGAUUGUAUAUGUAAACAAAUUUAAAAUAUUAUUAUUUAGAAUGUGAUUUUUAGUGUUUGACUUGCUAAGGAAACUAAUCUCAUUGCUUAUUAUGUAAAGGAGAUCGGAAUAAUAUUCCAAUUUGUAAUUGUUAAGAUGGAUUUUAUGAUGAUUAUUAAAGUAUAAACUGCCUUUAAUGUGACCAAUAUUGUAAAACUUGUAAUCUUGAGGGUUGUUUAACAUGUAAUGGAAAUAGAGUGUUAUCAGAUGAAAGAGUUUGUGAUUGCCCUUUGGAUUCAAUUAGCCAUACAGAUACUCCAUGGUGCUCAAGUAUAUUAAUAUAUCUAAAAUUUUAUAGAUUGUGAAGUUGCUAUCUUAAAUAUAAGAUUUUCUGAUGAUUUACUUUCAAUUAAAGUAAUAUUUGAUUUUUCUUUAAAUCCAAAUUAUUUUUAAUCUUAGUUUUAAGAGAAUAUUUGUUUCAAAUUUUUAGCUGAUGAAACUAUUAAAUAGUUAGGAAAUAAUCCAGAUUGUAAAUUAGAUUAGGAAGAUGAUAAAUAAUUAAUAAUAAAAUUAGGGUCUAAUGCUACAAUAAUACCAGGAGAUUCAAUUAUAUUUAUUAAUUAUUCUAUUGGUCAUAAAGACUGCUAAACAACAUUAAGUUAAUUUAUUUUUAAUUAAGUAAAACUUCCUAUUAAUUUAUUAUCUCCAAUUAUUGAAUAUGAAAUACCUCAAUAUUUACUUAAUCCAUGUGAUGAUAAUAUUAUUUUUAUUAAAUCAAAAAGUCAACAUGGCCUACGUAGCAUAAUAAGCAUAACAUGGUCUUAUUUAUUAAUAGGAUAAAGCGGAAAUGCUAAUUUGGAAGAAUUUGUUUUAGAACAAACUAAUCUAUAAUAAUUAGAUCUAAUUAUACCUAUUUAAACUCUACCAAAAUAAUCAAAAAUUACCUUUCUUGUUGAAUUUCAAAAUUUUAUCAAUUAAAAAGGAUAAUAACAGAUUCAAGUUUAAACUCAUUCUGGAUAAUUACCAACAGUUCUUUGGUUAGGAAAGAAAUAAUAUUAUACUUUUGAAAUAAUUGCAUUAUAGUUUAAAAUUUAGAAAAAAUUUUGUUCAGAUUCAAACUAAAUUUAGAAUGAUAAGUCAUAAUAUUAAGUAUCAUUAGUUGAAGUUCACAGAAAUACUUCUAAUUCAAGAGCAUCAAGAGUAGAUACUUCUUAAAUAAUUAGUGAAAGUUAUUUUGAAGUGAAUGUAGAGAAAUACACAUUAUCACCUAAAACUGCUUAUACAUUUAAAAUGGAUACUCAUGAAUCUUAAACAGAUUUUUCAUAAACCUAAAAUAUAACGAUAGAAAUAAAUCAAGGAGGUCUACUUUGCUAGUUUAAUGGAACCAAAAAAAUAUAAAACUAUAGAAAAGACUCUUAUAUCAAUAUUUAAUGUAAAGAUCUUGAUACUUAAUAUGAAUGGAAUGAAGAUCCUGAAAUAAAGUUAGAAGUUAGCUGCACUGAUUUAACAUAAAAUAGAAUUUGCACAAAUUUUAAUAAUAAGAUAUUCUAAGUAAAUAAAACUGAUUCUAUUCAAUUCAUCCCAAAACUAACUGUAAAGCCAUAUAGUAUAUGGAGUUGGAAUGUCAUAGCAUCAAAAGAAUAGCGUUAAUUUUAAUUUAAAAAUACUAUUGUAUUUUUAGAUAAUGAUUUUAAAAUACUAGAUGUUUAACAUAGUAAAGGAUAUACAAUAAGACCAAUAAAUAAUUAUGAAACAUUACAAUUUGAUUUUAAUAUUUCUUUUGAAGAUAGAUUUUAUUUGUUACAAUAUUAAAUUGCUAUUAUAUAUAACUUUGAGGUAAUAAAGAUACUUGAACCAUAAUAUUAUUAAUAUCAUUUUCGUUUAUUCGAUCAUUAUUAAUAGUUCAGUAAAGGAUACUAAAUUAAUUUAAAAUUUCUAGCUUAAUUUACAAAUGAUAUAAUACCUAGUUAAUAUGAUCUAUAAUUAACUUUAAAUUAGCCUCCUAUUUGCUAGAUUAAGUUAGGAUCUUAAAGUCUUUAAGCAUUACAAAUAUCAAAAAUAGUUGCAAAUUGUGAUUUAUAAGAUGAUUCUCCAUUUACUUACUAAUUUAGAUAUUUCUUAAAUAAUUAAGACUAUAAGGAUUUUUAAACUUAAAUAUCAGAUUAUUCUUUGGUUCUUAGUUAAUUUUAAUAAUUUAAUGCUUUUGAUAUGUAUUUACCUAAAAGUGAUGGAGUUGUUUUAAUUUAAAUUAUGGAUUCAAGAGGAUCAAUUACCAAUCUUGAAUAAUAUCUGAAUAUAACAGAAUUUAAAUUUAAUUGUUCUGAUUUUAUACUUAGUAAUUUGUUUUAUAAAUAAAAAAUAAUGUUGCUAUUAGAAGUUAUAAUGAAUCAUUAUAAUUAAUCUGAAUGUAUUAAAUUAUCAGAAUAAUUAUUUGAAUAUACAAAGAGCUAUUUAGAUUCAGAAGAUUUAUUUGAUUAAUUAUUGGCACUGCAAACUAUAAAAUUAUAUAAGAGAUUUAUAAUUGAAUUAAAUAAUUUUAAAUCUUCUAAAAGAUAAUUAAGUGAAACUGAAUAAGAAAGUUGCUAUGAUAACAAGACAAAAUUAAUUUUAAUUAACCAUUCUAAAAAUUUUAAGUAUUCCACAGAUGACAUUAUCAAUUUUGAAAAAGAAUUUACAAAAUUAAAAAAAUUUGCAUAAAAAAUUAUCUUAACAAGAUCCGAUUUAGAAGAUUAAAUCAAAUAAAAUGAUAUAUUUAUGAAUGAACUACUAUAUCAAUCUAAAGAAUCAAUUUCUAACUAAUUAGUAGCUAUUAUUUUAUUUAUUGAUGAUAUAUUUAAAAAAAUCUCUUAAACCGAAAUUAUAUCUGAUUAUGAUAAACAAUAAAUAAUUGUAUUAACAGAAAAAUUAAUUAAUCUAAUUGAUUAAAUUACUAUUAGUGCAAGUUCUUAAGUGUAGGUAAAUGGUUAACAAUUUACUUUGAAAGGUUAAUAAUUAAAUUACCAAAUAGCAAAAAUAACAAAAGAUGUUUUUAAUUAAUAAUUAGGAUUAGAAAAGGAUUUAAUGGAUAGUUUAAUAGUCUUUGUUCAAAAAGAAUAAUUGGAAAUAAAUUUUAAUUAUAUAAAUAUCUCUAAUAAGCAUAUAUAAUAAUUAACUACAUUUUUGAAUUAGUCUUACUUUGAAAUUGAUCAACAAUUUUAUAUAUAAACAAAAUUACAAAACUAUCUCUACAAAAACUAAUACAUUAAUUAUGAACAAUUAAAAUCUAAUUACAUUAUUGAUAUUACUGAAUACUUUUACUGUGUAGAAGCGAUUUUACCUGCCUAUAAUUUUUAAUGUGUUCAAUAUUCUCAUAAUGGAUCACUAUUAUUGUGUAACCUAUUAAUUUAGGAGACUAAUAAUACAUCUAUUUAGGUUUCUUGUUAAUGUUAAUAAAUGGGAGUUAUAUUUUUAACAAGAUAUUAAAAUUAAUCAGAAAAUACAAAAGAUAUGCAAUCCAUUUCACCAAUUUCUUAAAACAAAUAUGUUAAUUGUAAUCUAAAUAAUUAACCUUUUCUUUUAUUUCAUGGUAUUUAUAUAGUGUUUUCACUGUUUAUGUAUUAUGAAUUGCAAAAAUUAGAGGUUUAGUUAAUUAUUGAAUCUUUUUAAGUGAAGGAUAAAUUAUAAAAGAAUAUUAUUAGAUUUUACAAUUUUCAAAGUAUUGUGAGAAUUUUCAAAAUGUCAAUAAAAGUAAUAAUAUAUUAAUAUAAUUAGUUUAUUCAUGAAAUAAUUUGCUUAUUUUACUGUGAGGAUGUAAUUAUAAAAAAAAGUUACAGAUUUCUUAAACUUUCAAUUUUUUUAAGUAUUUUAAUACCAUUAUCUUACUUUGAAACUUUUCUUAUGGCAAAAGAAACUUUUAUUUCUAUAAUAAUCAUCAAUUAUUUAAUAUUGCUUAUUUUAAGAAUGAUCCUUAAGAUAUUUGAAGCAAUUUAUAGAUUUUAAGGGAAGUAUCAGAAUUUUGUAAUAAUUUUGUAUUUAAUAAUCCAUUUUUUGUCAUACUUGUUAUUAAUUUAUCAAUACUAAAUCAAGUAAAAACAUAAAGUUAUUUUAGAAAUGAAUGUAACUAAGAGUUAAAUUACUAUAUGUUAAUCUUAAUUGGAGGCACAAUAAUAUUGAGCUAUGCUAUUUUUGACCUAAUUUUCAUUUAUCUGAGAAUUGUACUCUACAUCUCUAUCACUUAAAUAAUUAAAAAAUAAGAAUUAGAUCCAAUAAAAUAAUUUAUAUAUUUUUUUAUUUAGCAUUAUAAAUUGGAUCAAAUCUUUUAGGACUGCAUAGAUUUAUGA